AUGGCGGACGACGAGAAGGAACCAACACAAGCCGACGGAGGGGAGGCUCCAGUCUUCAAGAAGAAGCCAAGGCGAGGUUGUAUCCGAAGGAAGGAGAGAAGCAGCGGAGAUGAGGAGCCGGAGGAGCCGGUGGCCAACAUCAGAUCAGCGAUCGAGGAGACCAAGUUGGAGCAGAGGCUGAGGAGCGGGAGGUCAGGGGUAGAUGUGGACAAGUUAGCCAAUGUCUACGACCCUUUGAAGAAGAAUUUGAUCGAAACCUUCGUCGAGCAAACGCCUGCCAGCAUGCUCGACAGUCAGUUCAGCACGGAGGACUCCGCAGAGCCCGAGCUCGGCAUGCUAGAGAAGCAGCUGCACAAGUACAUCGACGAGAGACUCAAGGGAUCGGAGAGACGAAGAGGCUUUCCGCCGAGGACGAGCUCUACGUGA